AUGCACUGUGACGUCAAACAGUUCACCAAGAUUGCUCCAGUUGCCUGGAUGAUUCUUCUGGGUGAUGGUUUCCACAACAUGAUGGACGGUGUAACUAUUGGAGCCGGCUUCUCCCAAAGUCCCAUCCUUGGUCUUACCCUGAGUCUUAGCAUUAUGUUCGAAGAACUGCCACAUGAACUGGGUAAGUUACUGUGUGACUUCAUCUCUAUUCGUUCGGAUUUUAGGCCUAUCUUUAGCUAUCGUAGAACUUCCUUGGCCUUUUCCAGUAAGACGCGUGCGUUACACCUCAAACGAUUUCUACUUAGGCAUAUUGUGUGCGUUUUCGACCGUCGGUUUUGA